CCUAAUGUUAUGUAAAAGAUGGCGGCGUCCUACAGCAUUGUCCAUCACUUAGCAGAUUUCAGGGUACUUCUGAAACAUGUUCGCAGAAAUGAUGUGCUGCCCCGAUUAUCAGCAGUGGUGUGUCCCAAGCCUUCUUGCACUCACAUGCAAAUAAGACACAAAAACAGCAAACCAAGAGUGAGGGAUGCAAAGGUUCAAGUUGACUCAUCUCGAGUAUUUGUUUCCAAAAAGGAAAGGCUGAAGGCCAGGCAAGCGAAAAAUGUGGUGACAGAAAGUGAAGUGUUCCUUGCUGAAGCUCCUAUUGACAAUGUCUGGGUGCACAAGCACUACCCCCCGCAAAAGCAUUCUGUUGAAGAUGCUUUGAAGCUGCACAAGGCUUUUGCUGAGCCAGACAUGCUCAAUAAUGAAGACGGGCUGUUUCAUCUCAUCAUGAAACUAGACUUUACCACAAAAAAACAGACAAAAUUUAUUGGGAACAUUCGUCACACCGUGCUGUUGCCUCAUGAGUUUCCUUAUGGAACCCCUCCAGCAAUAUUGGUUCUUUGUAAGAGUGAGGAGCAUCUUAACCUUGCUUCCAGCCUAGGAGCUCACACUUUUGGCACUCCAGCAGAGAUCACUAAACUGAUUACAAAUGGUGUUAUUAGUCCCAAAGACUUCCAGCAUGUGAUAAGUACAGCCGACUGUGGAAAUGAGAUCCUGCCUUUAAGAUCACACUUCAGGGACAAAUACCCCCAGAGAGCAAAAGGCAAUUUAAGUCUUGAUCUGAAGGGGAUGUGGAACUUGUUCCACAACGGCUAUACAUACGAGUCGCACAAAAUUACUGAGGGCCAGGGGUCUCUGCAGGUGCCAUUAGGAUUGGUGAAGCAACCUAUAGAAGAGCUUGUGGAGAACUUCACCACAUACAUUGAUUCAGUUUGUCAACAUCGGAGCAUAGCUCUAGGCCCGUUUAUUCAGUCCAUCAAAGUUGUGGCCCCUCCGUCCCCCGAGGAGUUCCUGCUGAGGGUGGAGGAGUACGUCCCUGGCUACAAGAACGAGGAGGUUGACUCUGAUGAGGAAGAGGCUGCUCAAGCCGGAGCAUGAGUCUCUUUGCAUGGAUGGCUUUCAAUUGUACGGUGUUGGUUUUUUUUUGCUGUAUCGGAGGAAUGAGUUUAAAAGAUUAUUUAAUAUAAGAAAUGCGCUGCCUGAUUGUGUUUCUCCAAGAAUAGAUGUGAAAGUUUGUAGCUUCAAAAUGUAUUAGGAGAGAAAGUGCUGUAGAUGUUGAAGAAGUAGUUAUGAGGGAGAUUGAGGAGUUUAAGUUUUGUUAUGAGCUCUUCAGGUGUGAAAGAAAAGCAUGAUUGUGGGUUGCCAAAGGCUCUUUUAUCUAGUGAAGAAGUGGAAGUGGAAGAUUAAUUACCAGGUAGUGAAAUAAAGAUUUUCUUACUCAACUUACUGUUGUGCAAAGAGAAGUCUGUGACGAGCAUUUCACUAAAAUCACCAGCAGCCAACUACAUCUACUGUCACUUUGAUUAUUGGUAAAGGCAUGGGGCCCUGAUUAAAACUGUUACCGUAA